AUGCCAGACAGUGCCCAGCCUAGACCCUGGGGUUGCUUCCAAUUAUGUGACAAGAUAGAGAACAUAGUCCAUGGAGAAUCAUGCACGACCGUGCAUGAGACCUCAAGAGAGACUAUUGGAACCAACAGUCAAUACCAAUUCGGUCUAUUUCAGCGUAAAUCCGAGCCUGUGAUAUUAGAGUAUUUUGAGCAUGGAGACACGAACGCGGCCGCCGAGGAGUUCCUAGACUUUGUGACGGCGGCGAGGAGUCAUCUGGUGUGCGAGACAAUUGUGGAGAUAGCGUUGGAUCACAAGGCGAUGCACUGCGAAAUGGCCUCGGUCCUCAUAUCCGAUCUGUAUGGAAGAGUUUUUUCAGCCAAAGACAUCGGCUACGCGUUCGAGCGUCUGCUGGAGAAGCUGCCGGACCUGGUGCUGGACACGCCGGACGCGGCGCUGCUGCUGUCCAACUUCAUAGCGCGCUGCGUGGCCGACGACUGCCUGCCGCCGCGCUUCGUGCAGGCGCAGGCCGCCGCCGCGCUCUCCGCGCCCGCCAGACAAGCUAUACACAGAGCUGAGACUCUACUGUCUAUGAAGCAAGGGCUAGUGAGGCUGGACAACAUAUGGGGCGUCGGCGGAGGUAUCAGGCCGGUCAAGUCUCUCAUCCGUCAGAUCCAGUUGCUGCUGAAGGAGUACCUGACGUCGGGUGAGCUCGCGGAGGCGAUGCGCUGCGUGCGGGAGUUGGAGGUUCCUCACUUCCACCACGAGCUGGUCUACGAGACAAUACUCCUGGCUUUGGAGACCAUAAAUUCUGGUGUUGAAGAACAGCUUUGUACUUUCCUGGCUGAGUUGCGGAGGUGCUGUAUAGUCACGCCCGACCAAAUGGAUAGGGGCUUCAUCCGCGUGCUCGAGGAUAUGAAUGAUAUCGUCCUGGACGUGCCUCUCGCUUACAUCAUGCUGGACAGGUUCUUGGAGCGGUGCCAGACGAGGUUCAGGCUCGGGGACAACGUGCUGAAGCGAGUGCCGACCAGAGGUCGCAAGCGCUUCGUGUCCGAAGGAGACGGAGGCGCCAUCAAGGAUCACGCGCUGAAGCUGCGCGAGUGAAUGCGAGGACGCCUGCCGACACACAGACACCGGACACCCCUGGAGGCGCCGCCCCCCCCGCCCCCUGCCCCCGCCGCCGCCCCCCGGGACCGCACGGUUGCGAGAGUGCCUUAUGACGCGCGGGCGCGGUGACGUCACAGCGGCUACAUACAGCGUGUGUUUUAUUUUUCUUGGACAAUAAAUUACACAGUGUCGGAAUUUAUUUGUGAGACGAUAGUCAUCGUCACUAUCCGUGUAUGAAUCGCGUUGUUAAGUUGUAAUGGAUAGUGCGAUACAGGGUGUUUCGGGUAGACGCGCGGGUUCGGUGACGUCACAACGGCUACAUACAGCGUGUGUUUUUUUUUCUUCUUUCUAAUUGACAAUAAAAUUAAUUAUCACGGACUGUUUGUGAGACAAUGCUUCAUCUGAAUCUACUAUCUGUGUAAGAAUCGCGUUGUAAAGUUGAAGCAGGUUAUAUUAUACAGGAUGCGCAGGGAAUUUUGGUCUGAAGGUAGACGCCUGAACUUCACAAGUGGAUUCGGUUGGAAUUUAACAGAGGUCGCGUCAGUCUGAUGUCCACGGGCCGCUGUAGUGAUGGCGCGCCGGGCUCGCUCGUCCGAACUGCGAAUCGAUAAAAGACAAAAAGAAAAAAAUGAUAACUAUUGAGCAAUAAUUUGUUAAUAAUCAAAACUAGAUCCGAUCUUCUGUCCGUAUUAGUCUUGUAAUGGCAUUUGAGUAUAUAAUAACAUCGACGCUUGAAAGGCAAAUGUGACUAAGCGACAAUGCGUGAACUUUAAACUGUAGAUUAAUUUAAUUAAUUAAUGAAAUUAACUAAAAAUAAUUUAAUUAUAAAAAUUUAACCUUGAAAUUAAUAUAAAAUAUACCUGAGAAAUACCUGAAAAAAAUUCUAUUUUAACGAAUCUAGCUGUAGGAUUGAAAUUAUUUUAAUAGACCUAGAAAUAUAUAAAUUUUUUUGGCGCAUCGUAUAUGGUUAUUGCCUAUCAUUUAUCUACAAAGCAGUUAUUGUCGCUUAGUCACGUUUGCCUUUCAAGCGUCGAUAUGUACAUAUAUAUAUAUAUAUAUAUAUAUAUCAAGGGCUGAAAAGCUAUUUGAUCUAAGCGAAAUUUUUGUAACAUUACAGAAGAGAGCCAUUUAAAGUUUAAAAUUUUGGGAAAAAAUACUAAAAAAAUUUUUUUUGUUUAUUUUAAUAGAGUAAACUUAAUUGAAGUUCAAUUAAAAACAUCGAACUGUUGAUGAUAAAAUCUAUACAUAUAAAUAAAAUUGGAGUGUCUGUUUGUAAUAUUGAAAUAACCGCUUUUUACUAAAUGCAUAUACGGUACAUACACCAAAAUAACAUUUUUUACAAUUUUUGUCUGUCUGUCUGUCUGUCUGUCUGUUUGUUUGUUCCGACUAAUCUCUGGAACGACUGGACCGAUUUUGACGAGACUUUCACUGAUAGGUAGCUGAUGAUAUAAGGAGUAAUUUAGGCUACUUUUUUUUAGACUAGCUUCGCCCCGCGGCUUCACUCGCGCUACGACAAUAACGCGGGUAGCAUCGCGGGACUCAGCUAUCAAUAAUAAAAUUUAAUGUUUCCGAAGCGAAGCGAGGGCGGGUCGCUAAUAUCAAAUAAAGCGGACAUUUAAUUACAAAGAUUAAAUAUCGCUUAAAACCAAUAGCCUUUUCGUCCUUUGAUAUAUAAAAUGUGUUAUUUAAAAAAAUAUAUAUUUAUGUAUAUGUUUAAGUGAUGCGCGUGUUUUGUUUGGAUACGAAUGUGUGAAUGUUUAUAUUAAAUGUUGACAGUUGAGAGUUUAAGGGUAGGAUAGAGUAAGUAAGGGUCGGGUCACACUGGCAGCGAUUGUCGUCUCAAACCGCUCACGCUACGUUCUGGUCGCGACCUUGUACGCUGCGUGUUGAGUCCCCACUCGUGUGGCUUCCGCAGACUUCAGGGUCGGCUUAACGUCGGUUGAACUGUGAGCUUGAGUGUCCAACGAUAAUCCCGGUAAUGCGAAGAUAGGUCUCGAAGCGAAAUGAAUAUGACCCCCCCCCUUUCCCCGCUAGAACUCGGCGGAUCCCGGGAAACCACCACCCGGAAUGGAUGCACUUAUAAAACUUGAGGCAUUGCAGCAUAUUGAGUAUAUGCAGGGUGUCCAAGAAAGUAUGGAUAAUUCUGAAACACCUUAUAGUAGAGCUAUUGGGGACACACAAAAAAAAUGGUUUCAGGAAAACAAAAAAUCGCUAAUCCUGAUUAUCCUAGUAAGGAUAACGGAUCAAACUGUUUAAAAUAUUGUAUUGUCAUCGAUCCUUAAUAAGUAUGCCUAAUUUCGAGUUAAUCCGACGUUUUGAAGGGGGUCAAUAUCUUGUUCAAAGAUUCCGUUACUAACUAACAUAAGUCUGAAGCUAAUAAAAGCGUAUUAAAAAUGAUUCAAAUUCAAUGAACAUCAUUUUUGACUAUGACGUAAUUACUAUACGCUUAUUAUGUAUUGUACGUCCCACUAAUUCGGUAAUUAUGUUCAGAUUCGGUUAAGUUUGCCUACGUUUGCCGCUAGGGGCGCUUUUCCAGUUCCAUACAAAUUUGAGUUAACUUUUACGCUAUCGAGAACGUUAAAAAACUCGCACUGAGCACACUGGGACGUUAUACGUAAACGCCUUAACGUAUUAGAGACCUUAGAACUUGUAUCUCAAGAUGGGUGGCGCAUUUGCGUUGUAGAUGUCCAUGGGCUCCAGUAACCGCUUAACACCAGGUGGGCUGUGAGCUCGUCCACCCAUCUAAGCAAUAAAAAAAAACGCCAACGUCGCGUAUGCCCGACGAAGUGAUGAUAAUUAGUUUUGUUUUUGUUUUGAUAUCAAUCAAACAAAUUCGAGAUUCGUUGAAUUGUAUUAUUAUAUUAAAAUGUGUGUUAGACUUUAAAUUUUUAUUUUUUGAUUGCUUAGGUGGGUGGACGAGCUCACAGCCCACCCGGUGUUAAGUGGUUAAUGAAGUGGUUAGUAAAUGCGCCACCCACCUUGAGAUAUCAGUUCUAAGGUCUCAGUAUAGUUGAAUAUGCAAUUUCGAAAAGGGCACAUCUCUGAAAAUGUGAAAUGUUCAGGAAAUGAAAAAAAGCAUGAUUAUUUUCUAAAGCAGUGUAAAAUUUAAAAUAUUAAUUUUCGAGAUAUAUUUUAGUGUUAAUUAGAAAUUGAAAAUUAGUGGAAUUAUUAUAAAAUGGGUGUAGGUAAGCCUCAAAACUACAUGUGUAUGAAAAAACGUAUUUGACAAAAUAUGCGACAUGUGCCCUUUUCGAAAUUUCAUAUUCAGUUACAACGGCUGCCCCGCCCUUCAAACCAAAACGCAUUACUGCUUCACGGCAGAAAUAGGCGGGGUGGUGGUACCUACCCGCGCGGACUCACAAGACGUCCUACCACCAGUACUUUUACGGAUUUAAUUUCGCGUUUUUUUUUUUAAAUGGCAUUAUCAUUGUUUAUGACGCUUCGAGAAUGAUUGCGAAUGAAUACUGCGACUCGGUGUGUCUGGUGAAUGUUAUGUCGUUUUACCCACCGGGAUGGGACGAUCCCGUAAUCCCGCGGGAUCAUAAUAUAUGCGAUAUUAAUGACGUUUUUUUUUUCAUUCUUUAACUUUUUUUUUAUAUUUUUCCGCUUACGUUGUGGUGUCUGUGUGUUAAUUUCUUUCCUUAUAUAAAAGUAUUGUAAACAAAACAAAAAAAAAAAUAUAAAUAAUAAAAAUA